UGAUAGGGACUUAUUUUGAAGUGUGUCAAGCGGAAAAUGGUUUCCAAAAACAUGGAGGCUCCUGUCGGUAACAGUUCAGGUUGUUGGAACGUUCCAGAGGUUUAUAAACACCACGAACAGCGAAAAGUAUGCAUUUCUCGACCAAAGUAUAGGGAGGGAAGGAAAGCGAAAGCAGUUAAGGUGUACACGAUCAACUUAGAGUCCCGUUACCUCAUGGUCCAAGGGGUCCCUGCCAUUGGAGUGAUGACAGAGUUGAUCCAGCUGUGUGCCCUGUAUGGAGCCGUGGAGGAGUACAGACCCCUGGAUGAGUAUCCUGCUGAGGAGUUCACAGAGGUCUACCUUGUCAAGUUCCAGAAACUCACAAGUGCAAGAGCAGCCAAACGACACAUGGAUGAGAAGAGUUUUUAUGGUGGCGUGUUGCAUGUGUGCUAUGUCCCAGAAUAUGAGACUGUGGAAGACACCAGGCUAAAGCUACAGGACCGGAGAAGCUACAUAAUAAGGGCUGCUCGGAGUAAAGCAAGAGAAAAUGAACAAAAAGAGGGAACAAAUAAGGAACCCACAGCAUCAGGUACAGCCACGACAUCAGAGAGGAUCAUCACCAGACAAGUCAACACAGUUGACAGUGGUAACACAUCGGGGACUGCAAACAUAAGUCCUUAUUCAAGCUUUCCUCUAUUGCCAUUACCGCCACGAGAGCAUCAUUACUAUGGACGUAAAAAUGAACAUAUGAAUAUACUAACAGAGGACAAAAUGGGGACAUUACAUACUGCUAUAAUCAAUACACAACAGCAACCAGGGCAAAGUUCAAGCUCCAGUCAAAGCUCUUCAGGCAUAAAUGGAGGCACAGAGCACACACUGACUCUAAAUCAGGCUUCCACAGUAAGAUUUGUUCCAAGGUCCACAAACUUGGAGAACAGGAAACGCAAAAUGGAAGAGGCUGCAGGGCACUCACUAACUGAUGUUUCUGGAAAAAAUGAACUUUUGAUUGGGCCAAAACUACCUGAAACACCUAAACUAGAUAUGGAGGAUGAGUCAUUGAACACAACUGUCAGCCUGAUCAGGAACACACUGAAACAGGUGGAAUCCAUUUCUGACAUCAAACCAGUGGAGAAAAAGAAGAAACCACGUCGCCGGAUUUAAUUACACCAUCUGUCUUGUUUAGACUUUUUACAGAAAUUGUUGAUACUAUAGAAAACAGUUUCAUGAUUUCUAUUUCUGAUGGCAGCUCAUUUUAUUU